AUGUGAUCAGGGCACAAUCGCGCACAUCUUUUACAUACCUGUACUGUGCACCACCUGUCGCUCGCGCCACUGACGCAGCUGGUCAUAUUUGCCAUUCCCUAGAUUUGUUUUAGGUCAACGGCAUAGUUAGAAGAUAUGGGAGUGAAAGCACAGAGUGUCACAAAUGGACAAAACAGAGCAGAAAGCCUUUCGUUUGACUUUACGUCUUGGUGGCGCCACGACAUUAUAUCGACCUGUUUUUCAAACAGACAGAACGUUUGCAUCUCGACCGGACUCGUCUGUUUGUCCGUGCUUCUUUUGAUAAUAUCCUGUUUUAUGCUGGUAUGUCUGAGAUGCAGAGGCCGGGACAGGAAUUCCGGCAAGGAGGCAGCCUGUGUCCUCUACUGUUUCUUUGGCAAUUUGUGCAGCACCAUCGGGGCAUUUCUCUCCAAUCAGCUGGCUCUUCAGGUCAUAAUGGGUGCUUUUAUGGCAGCUGUAGAAGUUAUUCAUUUAAUCUCCAUCUUCCCGAUAUUCUUGCGUUGGAACACCAGAGCAGAGAAGAGGCUGCGGAUGAUUAAGAGGAGGAGGAGGCAGAACUUCAUGGCUGUGUCUCUGCUGUUGGUGGUGGGUGGAGGGAGCUACCUAACCUCCAGGACCAGCCAUGGGCUUGUAGACAGACCUCUCACUGGGAGAAGACUUCUUCUCACUGACCUCCUGCAUGACCGUAUGGAGGUCCUCGGUUACAUUCUUGGUCUGCUCUCUUUUGUGAUUGCCUGGACCUCUAAGUUCCCUGACCUCUCCAGAGCACACAGAGGGGAGAGUUCGAGUGCACACGUGUCCUCUGGUUUGCUGUGCUCUUUGGCCGGUGCCCUCUACACCUCGGCCAUAUUACUUUACGACACCCAGUAUGAGUUUGUACUGAAGGCCAUGCCGUGGCUCCUGGCGUCAACGUGCUGUGCAGCCCUGGAUCUCGCUAUUGUGGUCCUGUCCUGGUGUAGGAAGGGUACCCCUGAGCAGCAGCCUGGAGGGGGUUCUCCAGAUACAGAGAGUCUCCUGGGCGGCUCCUCUCCCCCCAGUCAGCACAACCCCAGUGGGAAGACAAAACAAAAACACCCAUUGGACUUGGAUGGAGCUCCUCCCCGGGUUCUCUCCAGUAAGAAGAAUCUAAAGUUUGCUGACAUGGGGCAUUACAUGGAUGUCAACAUUCAACCUGUGCGAAAGGUGUGUCUAAAGGAGGUGACUCUCUCUAAGGAGGAGGGGGUUUCAGAGAGCCAUCCCCUCAGGAGGACAGUGAGGGUAGUGAGAGUGGAUGAACCCUGCACCUCCGAAACGUUCUCAGACUCCUCAUCCCUCAACUCGGAUCUGGAGUGGGAUUUUGAAGACGCAAAUGCACAGUGGAACAAACUGCUAAAAGAUAACGUGGAUGGGUUUCCCCUGCAAGAAUGGCCGACGAACCCAAGCCCAAAACCCACCUGCAGCUGUGGUGGCAUCAUUUGACAGGCUGGGAAGCGGGUAUAAAGCAGAGUGGGUGAAGUGGUGUGAUAAUUUCAAACACUAGUGAAUGACCUGGUGACACUUCAUUACAUCACAUGGUCAGAUCUGUGUUUUGGUUUGUGAAUAUGAAAGAUAAUUAAAGUGCAAAAAUUGAUCUUCC